AUGACCACCAGCAAAGGCAAGGGGAAAGCCCAACCGGUGACCAAAGAGCAGGACAUUUUCAACCGCAUCAUGGCACUUAAGGCUGAUGUGCAAGCUAUGUACGCCCUAGUCGACCAACUCGACAAGAGCAUUCAGGAAAGCGGAGUUAAGCUUGCGGAGAUGCUUCAGGAACGGCAUAAAACAUUGAAAGCUGAGUUGAGCAAUAUGAUUGACCAGGGGGACGUUGAGCCCCUGAGUAUCAACCAUAAUGCCUCAGAUCAGGACCCGAAUCAAAAUCAGACCAGUCCGAGCCAACUCCCUAGCUGGGGCGCAUCUGAUGCCUUUCCUGAUUUCUAG